AUGGGGAUCAAGUUGAUGUCUAUCCUAAUGCUGCAAGUCACAUUGGUAGCAAUAAGCAGAGGGGUCCCAAGGAAUGGCUCCAGCUCGAAACAGAAUUUUGGUCCCAAGUUUGCAGUGAAAAGCAUUCAGAGUGAAGAUGGGGAUGUAAUUGAUUGCAUUGGCAUUCACAACCAACCUGCUUUUAAUCAUCCUGCGUUGAGAAAUCACAAAAUCCAGAUGAGACCAACCUAUGAUCCAAUAAUGGUGACAAAAAAUGAAAAGGAAACCUGGGAAGCAUCUGAUCAUAAAGGAAACAAAGACUUGUAUAUUACCACUACAGCACAGAUAUGGCAUAAAAGUGGAAGCUGCCCCGAAGGGACAAUUCCCAUCAGGAGGGUGCCAAGGAAAAACAAAAGCAAAGUAACUACAGUCGAUGAUCAUGCAAGAAAAAAACCGACUAUCUCCCCUUACCAGUUUAAAGACGACAAAAGUAUGAACCUUCUACGAGCAAACCACUCGUUGGCAAUACUGCACACUGAGGGAUAUGCAUAUUUUGGAGCCAAAGGAGAUAUUAAGGUCUGUUAUCCUUCUGUGGAACUGGAUGACGAGUACACUACUUCUCAGGUUGCUCUCAAAAGCGGCCCUUACAACCAGUAUGAAGCCAUAGAAUCAGGAUGGGCGGUGAAUCCAAGUGUUUAUGGGGACAGACAAACAAGAUUUUUUACAUAUUGGACGAUUGAUGCUUCAGUAGAAACCGGUUGCUUUGAUGCUACUUGCCCUGGUUUUGUACAAAUUAGCAAGGAUGUAGCACUUGGUGCUGCAAUAUAUCCCAUAUCAAAGCCUAAUGAACUUCCAUAUCAAAUAACUAUCUUCAUCUUUAAGGACCCAUUUACUGGCAACUGGUGGGUUAAUUAUGGAGAGAAGGUUUACAUAGGAUAUUGGCCUGGUGAACUCUUUGACAAGUUGUCUUUCAGUGCUGAAACUGUUCAAUGGGGCGGCGAAGUUUACAGUGCCAGAGUUGGAACUUCUCCUCACACUGCAACACAAAUGGGCAACGGGCAAUAUGCUGACAGGCAUGCAGGAACCAUAAGAAGGAUGCGCGUUGUUCAGAAUUCUCAAGUUAUAAAAUUCCCAGAUUGGGUUAAUUCUUAUACCGAUGAGUAUAAUUGUUAUGAUGCACGCUAUAGAUGGGAAUUUUUGCCAGAACCUGAGUUUUAUUAUGGAGGGCCUGGUAGAAGUUACAUGUGCCCUUAG